AGUCUCUACGCAAAGCAGCGACUCGGGCACAACUCUACUCGCGUUUCUGCACACAGGCUGGUCUGCGUGAGCCGGAGACGGAGUCGAGUUAUCCACUUUGAAUAAACACGGAUCGGUCCCUCCCCCCUGGUGUCUGCUUUCAGAUGAACCAGUGAUGAGAGUGGCCGAGGGGAGAGACGGACGCUUUUCUUCUGUGUGGACCAGCAGUGCGCAAAAGUGCGCUCCGUGGUUCAGCACCAUCAUCAUUAACAUCAUCAUCAACCUCCGCUCCUGAGAUCAACCCGAACCCGAGAGGCGCGCGGAGACCCUCACCCAACCCACGCGCGAGAUGUGCUGUGGACUGCCGAUGAUUUCUCCUCCUCCUCCUCCUCCAGGUCAAACUCAAUGGCAGACAAAGACUGCACUUCCCGAUGCUCUAGUUACCCCUGAGCUCAGAAUGACAGAUCUCAUCCACAGCUAAAGCGCACCCUUCUUUCUUCCCUCUGUCUCUUGGUGGACCUCCACUCUUUACUAUGGCUCGUCUCCUGGUUUCUGCCUUUCUUCUGGUUCUCCAGACAUAUGCUGCUCCACCUGAGGUUGUCCAAGCAGGAUUUGACAUAACUCUGGACCCAAUGGACUCUGAUCCUGCCCUCUCUGGCAAUUUCUCUGGAGCUCUGCCUUCCUCUCCGCCCCCUGGGACUAGUAAAAGAGCCCCACACAGUAUCAUCAUCGGGGUACGCAAGGGGGGCACGAGGGCACUGUUGGAGAUGCUGGACAUCCACCCUGAGGUUGCUGCUGCUGCCACCGAGGUGCACUUCUUCGACUGGGAUGAGAACUAUGCUAAGGGCUUUGAGUGGUACCGUGAGCUGAUGCCCUACUCUUACCCACAUCAGAUCACAGUGGAAAAAACUCCAGGUUACUUCACAUCAGCCCUUGCACCUGAACGCAUCUGCGCCAUGAACUCGUCCAUAAAGCUGUUGCUGAUCUUGCGAGACCCUGCAGAGCGGGUCAUAUCCGACUACACCCAGGUGUACUUCAACCGCCUCGAGAACCACAAGCCUGUGCAAGCCAUUGAGAAUCUGCUAGUGCGCAAUGGAGCCCUAAAUACCAGGUACAAGGCCAUUCAGAGGAGCCUGUACGAUAUCCACAUGCGGAACUGGCUGCGUCACUUCCCCCUGGAGCAGAUACACAUUGUAGACGGGGACGCUCUGAUCCGCGACCCCUUGCCAGAGCUUCAGAAGGUGGAGCGCUUCCUCAACCUCCCCCCGAGGAUAGUAUCCUCCAACUUCUACUUCAACCAAACCAAGGGGUUUUACUGUAUCCGCAGUGAUGGUCGAGAGCGUUGUCUGCAUGAGUCCAAGGGGCGCCCUCACCCGGCUGUCAACAGCACCGUCCUCCAGCAGCUCCGCUCCUACCUGCAGGAGCACAACCGAACCUUCUUCAGGCUGGUGAAGCGCACCUUCGACUGGCAAUAAGUCAACCGAACACAAACCAGACUCAAUUGAGCUGCGGCCUUGUCUGUAAUGAGGACAAAAAGGGGCAUAAAGCACUUUACAAAAUGACAUUUGAAAACCCCUUUGUAUAGCCUCUUAAUAACCUCUGUUGUGAACUCUGGUUUCAGCGGAGCAGUUCUAUAAUCACACGAUAAGGCAAAAAAAAGAAGAAGACAAACUGUAACUAGAGGGGCAAGAUUAACAAGAAGAAUCUCCAAGCUUAAUAAGUCAUGCUAUGUUUGCUCGAUCGCUUACAUGAUCGAAUCGCAGCAAAAACAGAUUUGUGGAACUUUUUUUCUUCUCUCUUGUUUGAUAUUCUCGUACUUGAUAAUAAAUUGUUCUGCUUUCAAAUGU